CAUUCAAUCACCCUUACCUACUACCAUAAGAAAAUAGGCAAGAAAGAACAAAGAUGGUAAUAAAAACAGUAGAUCUUUUGAAGAAUGAAAUUCCCAUAGAGGAGGAAUCAGUAGUCAUCACUGAAGAUGUUAAGGCUGGCCUUGUUCUUGUGGACAUAAUCAAUGGAUUUUGUACUGUUGGUGCUGGAAAUCUGGCACCAAGAGAGCCUAACAGGCAGAUCAGUGAAAUGAUUGAUGAAUCAUCAAGGCUUGCUAGAGUGUUUUGUGACAAGAAAUUGCCAGUUCUUGCCUUUCUUGAUUCACAUCAUCCUGAUAAACUUGAAUACCCUUAUCCUUCUCACUGCAUCACUGGCACUGAUGAAUCCAACUUGGUUCCUGCACUAAGAUGGGUGGAGGAGGAACCAAAUGUUACAAUCAGGCGCAAAGAUUGUUAUGAUGGCUAUAUUGGUUCCUUUCAGGAGGAUGGCUCUAAUGUAUUUGUUGAUUGGGUGAAGAACAACCAAAUUCAACUUUUGUUGGUGGUAGGGGUGUGCACGGACAUAUGUGUGCUGGACUUCGUUUGCUCUGCAUUAUCAGCUAAGAACCGCGGCUUCCUCAACCCUUUGGAGGAUGUAGUAGUUUACUCUCAGGGAUGUGCCACCUUUGAUUUUCCUGUCUCUAUGGCAAGAAACACCAAAGAUAUUUCACCACAUCCUCAGGAGCUAAUGCAUCAUGUGGGACUUUAUAUGGCCAAGGGAAGGGGUGCCAAAAUAGCUAAAGAAGUCUCCUUCAACAACUUGAACAAACCAUAAUAUAUUGC